AACGACCGGAAGACCGCAACGGGAGUCUCGCGAGACUUGGGCCCACGCUGCGCGCCAUCGAAUUGAAAGGCCUCUCGCACUUUUCCGACACGAAAACCACCCGAAUCGUCGUGGUCGGCGUCAGUCAGAGCGCUCUAAAGAAACCACCUCGCGAUGGUGAAGCUCACGGCGGAGCUGAUCGAGCAGGCGGCGCAGUUCACGAACCCCGUGCGCGACCGGGAACUGGACCUCAGAGGCUAUAAGAUCCCGGUGAUCGAAAACCUUGGAGCGACUCUGGAUCAGUUCGACACCAUCGACCUCUCGGACAAUGAGAUCCGCAAGAUCGACGGAUUCCCUCUGCUCAGGAGGCUCAAGUCACUUAUCAUUAACAACAACCGUGUGUGCCGUUUUUCUGAGAGCCUGGAUCAAAGUCUGCCAAGCCUCAACGAGCUCAUUCUUACAAACAACAACCUACAGGAGCUAACGGAACUGGACCCUCUGUCCUCCCUCAAGUCGUUACGCUUCCUCAGUCUGCUCAGGAAUCCCGUGACGACCAAGAAAAAUUACCGCCUCUACACCGUCUACAAACUCCCGCAGGUCCGGGUCCUCGACUUCCAGAAGGUGAAACUCAAGGAGAGACAGGAGGCUGAGAGGUUGUUUAAGGGAAAGAAAUCCGUUCUUCUCUCCACUAAGGAAGGAGUGAACACGGCAAAGACCUUCACUCCGGGUGCCGGGUUGGUGCUUGAGAAAAAGAAGGCGGGACCCACGCCGGCUGAGAUGGAGGCGAUCAAGGCCGCGAUAAUAAACGCGUCGUCUCUCGAGGAGGUGACGAGGCUGAAGAGCCUCCUGCAAGCCGGACACAUUCCAGGCCAGGAGAAACCAGCAGCGGCUGCCGCCGCUAGCGCCACCGCUAGCGCCACCACCCCCGCAGCCUCCGCCAGCGCCCAAGACGACAUGGACACGGCGGCCCCCGCGGAGAGCGGAAACGGAGGUGGGGGGGACGCGGAGGAGGAGGGGGAGGACGCCAAGAAAGAGGAGGGGGGAGACGCCAAGAAGGAGGAGGACGCCAAGAAAGAGGGAGACUCGAAGAAGGAGGGGGGGGACGCGGAGAAAGACGCUGGGAAAGAUGCGGGGACGCGGAAAGAGGGAGAUGGCGGCGCCAGGAACAACGGGGAGGCCGCCACGGAAACGGAGAAGCAGAAUGGGAGUACGGAGAAAGUGCAGGAUGUGGAGAUGAGCGAGGGGUGACGGUGGUGGGGGGGGUGGGCCGGGGGGGGGGGGUAGACGGCUGGUCACGGGGAGGGGGAAUUUCAGAUGCGUUUUUUGUUUUUGAAGGAUUGGUUUCGUCUCAAAUGACUCUGAUCCAGGUUUUGUGUUGUUAUUGUUGUCUACGUUUAUUUUGAGAGAGAGCGAGAGAGACCAGGUCCGAGCAACGUUGUCUUGGAGCUUGUUUGUCAAGGUCGUUGUCUUGAGAGACUGGUGGCUCGAGAUUGGGUGUCAGGAACCAGCGUCUCGAGACUGGGUUUCAAGAUCCAGUUACUUGAGGGCUUAGGAGGCAUGAGAUCGGUGUCUUGAGUUGAGACCCGGCUUCGGAGUCGGUGUCUUGAGAGACUCAACUUUUGAGAGGACGGGUCUUUAGAUCAAGAGGAGUCUUUGUGAAGACUUUGCGCCUGGAAUUUCUGAAGUCGGGGAUGAUCUUGGGAGUUCGUAUUGGCCACGCUGUUUGGGCAUCAAACCAACAUUUCGGCACGGGCUGGUUUCACAGUUUGCGUGGACGCGACGACGUCGUGAUUUGAUAAAUAAAAUUGUGAGAAGGAAUUUUUUUUUAAAAUAAACUAAAAUAUAUGCCGGCAA